AUGUCAGAUCCGAAUGAACAGGAUCCCGGGGCCUCACAGCAGCCAGUUGCUGCUAGUGUCGCUGAUAAAAGUACCCAGUUGUGGUACACCUUAGUACACUGGAAUGACCUGCCUCAUUGGCAGCAAGAUAAUCAUCAUAUCCACGGCGGUUACAGGCAAGCAUCUUAUAGCUAUGCAAGAUCUCUGCAAAGCAUUCUGCACUGGCACAAUGAGAGUGUGAACAUCUGGACUCAUUUGGUUCCCGCCACAUUGAGUCUGCCAUGUGGUAUUAUGCUCUACAAAACUCUUGAGCCACGCUACGAGCGAGCAACUGCUGCCGACGUUCUGGCAAUGGGCUGUUUCUUCGUUGGCGCGGCUGUCUGUUUGUCGAUGAGCGCCACAUUCCACGCUGUAUCCAACCACUCACCCUCGGUGGCCAGAAUGUGGAAUCAGUUCGACUAUGCGGGGAUUUCAGUGCUCAUUGCGGGCUCCUUCAUUCCGAGCGUGUACUAUGGAUUCUGGUGCAACCCACAAAGACAAUGGACGUACUGGACUAUGGUAAGCAAGUCGUUGUCCGUGCUCCCACGAUUCCGCACUCCUGCCUGGCGACCUUACAGAGCGCUGAUGUUCGUCGGAAUGGGUAUCUCUGCGGUCUUUCCCGUCCUUGAUGGUCUAAUGACAUUUGGAUUGAGUGCCAUGGAGAAGCAGAUCGGGCUUUCAUGGUUGGUGUUACAAGGAGCAUUGUAUAUCCUUGGUGCCGGCUUAUAUGCCGCUCGAAUUCCGGAAGCUUGGUAUCCAGGGAAAUUCGACACCCUGGGUAGUUCUCAUCAGAUCUUUCAUGUCCUGAUUGUGUUGGCCGCCAUGUCACAUUUGAAGGGUCUACUGAAAGCCUUCGAUUACAGACAUGGCUUCAUGGGUUCCUUGUGUUUGUGA